CAUCAUCAUCAUCAUCAUCCAACCUUAGAAGUCACUUUCCACAGUCCCUUCUCUCCUCUCUAUUACUCUCCUAACCUACACAAUCUAAAUCAUAACAAAGAUGUCGACCCCUCAGGCUCAGCAGAUUACCCAGAACUUCCUCAACCACCCCUACGUUCAGCAGGUCCAGAAGACUGCUCAGGGCCAGCUCAACUCGCUCGACGCCGAGCUCAACAAGUUCCCCAUCCUCCGCGACAUUGAGAAGAAGACCAACGUCCCCAAGGCCUACGGUGUCCUCGCCCUCGGCGCCUCGGCUGUCCUCCUCAUCUUCUUCAACCUCUUUGGCCUCGCUGGCGCCGUCUCCAACCUCAUCGGUUGGGGUCUUCCCGCCUACCUCUCGAUCAAGGCCAUCGAGACCCCCAGCACCAACGAUGACAAGCAGUGGCUCACCUACUGGGUCGUCUUCGGCACCUUCAACCUGAUCGAGUCGUUCGCCAUCCGCCCCAUCCUCUACUGGAUCCCCCUCUACUACGUCUUCAAGACCGUCUUCACCAUCUGGCUCUUCCUCCCCGCCACCCGCGGUGCCGAGGUUCUCUACUUCAACGUGAUCCGCCCCUUCGUUGUCAAGGGCGCGUCGCGCCCCGCUGCCCCUGCCACCUCGUCGUUCUCGACCUCGUCGACGGGUGCCGCCGCCGCUGCUCCCUCGAGCUUCGAGCACGAGAAGACUCUUUAAGUCUCUCCAACUCUGUCCUCGUCGAUUAGCACGCACGAACUAAUGAUCAGCGACUACGAGAUACUAUGAUCUGCAAGAGCGUUCUCUGACGUGGCUGGGUUUGAAACCCAGUCAGGUCUUUUUUUGAACGAAGCGAGGAGGAGGAGGAGGAGGAGGA